ACGGGCGCGGGCCGAAGGGGGCGGGGGGAUGCGCCGCGGCGGCGGUGGCGCGGGCGCUGGGGCUGGUGUUCAGAGGCGCCAGAGCAGCGGAUCCCGGUCUCGCCGCCGCAGGAGCGCGGGUGUCGCGCGCGGCCUGGAGACGCCGUACCUUUCUGCCCCUCACCUUUUUUUUUUUUUUUUAAAUAACCGGAACCAAUGAACGCAGCCGGGACCCGAGCUCCAGAGGCCGCCGGUGCGGAGGGGACCAGGCUGGCGCCCAGCAGGAGCUCGAGUCCGAGGCGGCGAGGGCGGCCCGAGAAGUCGCCCGCAGCGGCAACGGCUGCAGCGCCUGGCGGAGCGGACGAGCGGCCGGCGACUGGGGCGCCGCCGCGCUUUCCCUUCGCUCCUCCUCCGCGCCCUCAUCCCGCCGCGGCGUCCGGCCCGGCCUCGGGCUGGCUGCUGCGGCGGCGGUGGUGCUGGGCUGCGCUGCUGGUGUUCGGACUGCUGGUGGCCGGAGCGGCGGACGGAUGCGAGCUGGUGUCCCGGCACCUCCGCGGGCGGCGGGCCUCAGGCUCUGCCGCGGCAGCCGUCUCCUCUCACGCUGCGGCGGCUGGCGACAGUCCGGCGCUCAUGACAGAUCCCUGCCUAUCACUGAGUCCACCAUGCUUCACAGAAGAAGACAGAUACAGUCUGGAAGCUCUUCAGACAAUACAUAAACAGAUGGAUGAUGACAAAGAUGGUGGAAUUGAAGUAGAUGAAAGCGAUGAAUUUAUUAGAGAAGAUAUGAAAUAUAAAGAUGCUACUAAUAAACACAGCCAUCUGCACAGAGAAGAUAAGCAUAUAACUGUUGAGGAUUUAUGGAAACGGUGGAAAACUUCAGAAGAGCACAUGCAGAGUAGAUCUAGCAUCAUUCUUCAGGGCCCUAGGAUUUUUCAUAAUGUUCAUAAUUGGACCCUUGAGGAUACGCUUCAGUGGUUGAUAGAAUUUGUUGAACUACCCCAAUAUGAAAAGAAUUUUAGAGACAAUAAUGUCAAAGGAACAACGCUUCCCAGGAUAGCAGUACAUGAGCCUUCAUUUAUGAGUUCUCAAUUGAAAAUCAGCGAUCGGAGUCACAGGCAAAAACUUCAGCUCAAGGCACUGGAUGUGGUUUUGUUUGGACCUCUGACACGCCCACCUCAUAACUGGAUGAAGGAUUUUAUUCUCACAGUUUCUAUAGUAAUUGGUGUCGGAGGGUGCUGGUUUGCUUACACACAGAAUAAGACAUCAAAAGAACAUGUUGCAAAAAUGAUGAAGGACUUAGAGAGUCUACAAACUGCAGAGCAAAGCCUAAUGGACUUACAGGAGAGGCUUGAAAAAGCACAGGAAGAAAACAGAAAUGUUGCUGUAGAAAAGCAAAAUCUAGAACGCAAAAUGAUGGAUGAAAUCAAUUAUGCAAAGGAAGAGGCCUGUCGGCUGAGAGAGCUAAGGGAAGGAGCCGAAUGUGAACUGAGCAGACGGCAAUACGCAGAGCAGGAAUUGGAGCAGGUUCGAAUGGCUCUAAAAAAGGCUGAAAAAGAAUUUGAACUCCGAAGCAGCUGGUCUGUUCCAGAUGCACUUCAGAAAUGGCUUCAGUUAACACAUGAAGUAGAAGUUCAGUACUACAAUAUUAAAAGACAAAAUGCUGAGAUGCAAUUAGCUAUUGCUAAGGAUGAGGUUGCUGCAUCAUAUCUGAUUCAGGCAGAGAAAAUUAAAAAGAAAAGAAGCACAGUCUUUGGGACUCUGCAUGUUGCACAUAGCUCCUCCCUAGAUGAGGUAGAUCACAAAAUUCUGGAAGCAAAGAAAGCGCUCUCUGAGUUGACAACUUGUUUACGGGAACGACUUUUUCGCUGGCAGCAGAUUGAGAAGAUCUGUGGCUUUCAGAUAGCCCAUAACUCGGGACUCCCCAGCUUGACCUCUUCCCUGUAUUCUGAUCACAGCUGGGUGGUGAUGCCCAGAGUCUCCAUUCCACCCUAUCCAAUUGCUGGAGGAGUUGAUGAUUUAGACGAAGAUACACCCCCAAUAGUGUCACAGUUUCCUGGGACCAUGGCCAAGCCCGCGGGGUCGCUCGCCCGAAGCAGCAGCCUGUGCCGUUCCCGUCGCAGCAUCGUGCCAGCCUCGCCGCAGUGUCCUCGUGCCCAGCUCCCCCCUCACACGCCGCACCAGGCCCACACCCGGCACCCCCACCACCCCCAGCACCCGCAGCACUCCUUGCCUUCCCCUGACCCUGAUAUCCUGUCAGUGUCAAGUUGUCCCGUCCUUUAUCGAAAUGAGGAGGAGGAGGAGGCCAUUUACUUCUCUGCUGAAAAGCAAUGGGAAGUGCCAGACACGGCCUCAGAAUGUGACUCCUUAAAUUCUUCCAUUGGAAGGAAACAGUCUCCUCCUUCAAGCCUUGAGAUAUACCAAACAUUGUCUCCUCGAAAGAUAUCAAGAGAUGAGCUCUCUCUAGAGGAUUCAUCCCGAGGAGAUUCACCCAUAACUGCAGAUAUCUCUCGGGGUUCUCCAGAUUGUGUAGGUCUGACAGAAACGAAGAGUAUGAUCUUCAGUCCUGCCAGCAAAGUGUACAAUGGCAUCUUGGAGAAGUCCUGUAGCAUGAACCAGCUUUCUAGUGGCAUCCCGGUGCCUAAACCUCGCCACACGUCCUGUUCCUCUGCUGGCAACGACAGUAAGCCAGUUCAGGAAGCCCCACAUGUUGCCAGGAUAAGCAGCAUCCCGCACGAUCUUUGUCAUAAUGGAGAGAAAAGCAAAAAGCCAUCAAAAAUUAAAAGCCUUUUUAAGAAGAAAUCUAAGUGAACUGGCUGACUUGAUGGAAUUUAUUGAAGUGGCAUCUUUAAACUCUUUAUCUCCCGUCCUCCACUCCCCCCCUUAUUUUUUUUUUUUUUAAUUUUAGGAAUGUAACGCCAUUGGGGCUUUCCAGACUGGAUGUCAUAGUGGACUGUCCCAGGGGCAACUGUCUACUGUCUGCCUAUUUAAAUGACUAUAUAAUCAAUUUGUCAAGCCAGUUAUACUGAAAAAUCAUUAAGAGAUGAGACAGUUUACCGUCAUUUCUGCCUAUUUAUUUCUGCUUUGUUAUUAGUUAUGUAUAUACAACAUUUUGUUGAAAGCCACUAUGGACUUACAAGCUUUAAUGGACUAGUAAGCCAGCAUGGGCUUGCAAAAAUUUCUUGUUUACCACACCAUCUUCUUAUCUUUCCACAGAGCUAUUUACAUCCUGGACUAAAUGACUUAAAGUAAAACUAAUUGCACUACCAUUUUCCAGACUGGAAAAAAAAAAAAAAUCUCUGCAAGUGAAACUGUAUAGAGUUUAUAAAAUGACUAUGGAUAGGGGACUGUUUUCACUUUUAGAUCAAAAUGGAUUUUUAAGUAGAACCUAGGGUUUCUAAUUGACUUGAUUUCUGGAAAUGAAAACCCACGCUUUUAUUAUGGGAAGCUUCUAUAAAUGCAUUUAAUAUUAUAAAGUUUCAAGUCCUGCUGUAAAGAUCAUGUUGUUUUGUUUUUCCCAGGGCUUUCACUGUGAUUUACUGCAUUGCAGGCUGUAUGAUAAAAUAUAAAUAAUUUAAGGAGAGAAGGCUUGAUUUCCUUACACAUGUGGAAGAGUUAAGAUUUGAUUGAAGGACUGACAUUCACAAGCUUAAACUGAGGUUGGGGACGUGGGAAUUCAAGCACUUGUUUACAGACUUUGAAUAACCGCAAAGAAGUUUGGUUUGUGAAGAAUUUGUACUGUGGAAAAGAUAAUAAAUUGGAGACAUUAUUGUGUGGGACUGUGUUGAUUUUUGUUGAUAACACUCCACUAAAAACACUAUACUGUUUCUGGAGAGCUAAGUGAGCUGUUGUGUUGCUUAAUUGCACUAUAAGAAAUAGUGAUGUUUUGGAAGUUGUCAACAAAUUUCUUUCCAUUUUAUAUUGUUUGUCAUAUUUUUAUGUAGUUUGAAAUGUUUAAAUGUUCUAAUAUCAAGAUUAACAAAUAUAAAUUUAUGGUGCAUUUAGAUUGUGUUGUAUUAAUUUAUAAAGUUUGGGGUUCGUUAAAUCUCUAGGUUAUUUAAGGGUAGCUUUUACUGUGAAGAUCAUCACAUAGAGCGGCAAAAAAAAAAUUACCAAUAACGUCUGGGAGUUUUCGCCCAAACUACUUCUAAAAAUUCAGGCAUAAAUGAUUGGUUAAUGCAGUAUGGAUGGACAUUGGGAUGAACAGUGGAUACAUAUUAGCUAGAAUGGCUUUUCAGCAGUAUGGCUAAAACACGUAGUGUCCAACCCAGUCCUGCUUAGAGGAAAAUGCCAACUGAUCAGAAGUUUAUGUGAGAUGUGCUCCUAGAAAUACUUUUAUCAAGAAUACGAAGGGUUUCCUGAAGUGUCCAAAAGUUGUGGUAGUUUAUUCUCUUCAGUACUGUUGUUAAAAACUUAAGGUGUUGAAUGAUAUAUAUAUUCAAUAUAUGAUACAUUCAAUAUAUAUGUUAUAUACACACACACACAGAUAGUUAAAUAUUCAAGAGACAGUGCUGUAAAGGCAAAAAAGUUGAUUAACUGAAAUAAACACAGUGUUUUGGUCUAAUCAGAAGGUAUGAUCUCCUGAAAGGUCAAGAGUUGAGGAACAAUGGCACUAAAGCUGUUGGGAAGUGGGGGUAAUGUGCGUAAAGCAUUGAAAAGCAUUCUGGAACGUUUCUUCCAAGUGAAGAAAUAUUUUUAUCUUCUUUCUCCUUCUUACAACCAGACAGUAGUUCUUUCCUCUGAAAAUUGCACAAGGUAUGAGAACUUUUAUAGUUUGUUAGAUAGAAAAGGUAAAAGACCUAUGGGGCAGGGAGUUGGGUGGGAGGAGGAAAGAAGGGCUCCAAGGGGCUCCCAGCAAGGCCCGCUGCCUGUUGGGUGUUAGAAGGGAAUUCUGGAUCCGAACCAUUGGACGCCGGCACAUGGGGGCUGGGGUGCAAGAGGCUGGCCUAAGUAUAGUGUGGGCAGUCUAAGGGAAUGCAUGGUUUGUAUGAAAUUUCAUGUUCUUGUGUAUAAACAAAUUCCACUAAAGGGUUUUUACUGCUUUAUGUUGGUAGUACUUACUUGGCGUUAGUACAGUGUUCUAUAUUUGUAAAUUCAACAGAGAAUAAUUAAGCUGUAGAAAGCCACAAUAAUUUCUGUGUUGCUUCAUUUCCAUGUGUAGAGUUGGGCAUUAAUAUAAGUUUUUAAAUUAUCCAUUCGUUACCUUACUAAUUGUAUAAGACUGGUGUUUUCUGAUUUUAAAAGUAAUACCCUCCUUAUUAUAUAAAAUGACUCAUGAUAGAAAAGUAUAAAGAAGAAAAAGAACAGCAAGCAGGUUAAAUUCUACUACCCCAAAUAACUAUUUUUAAUGUUUUGGUUCAUUUUCUGUCAGAUUAUUUUCUCUAUAUUGAUAUAUAUUUACAUAAUUGAAAACAUACCAUAUAUGUAUUUAAUUUUACAUCAUGUUUUUCACUUAAUAUAAGCAUUUCUCCAACAUCAUUAAAAACUUCAUGAGCAUUUUAGUAACUAUAAUAUGCCAUUAUAUGGAUUUAUCAUAACCUUUUUAAUUAUUCUUUUAUUAAUCAUUAGGCUAUUCCUGAUCUCUGAUAUGCAAAAUACUAGGAUUUAAUAUUUAUUGAGCACUCAGUGUACUAGGUGCAGUUCUAAACUCAAAUAUAUAUUCUCAUAUAAUCUUUAUACCUACCUUGUAAGGUAGGUACUGGCUUUUGUGGGGUUUUUUUGUUUGCUUUUUUUUUUUUUUUUUAAUAAUCAUUUUACUGAUGAGGAAACUGAGCCAGAAAAUUAAUAAUGUGCUCAAUGUUACAUAGCUGGUAAAUGGUAGUGUCAGCUUCUGAGUCAUACCACAAAUUCUGAUCAACAUUUUGAUUCCUGAGAAUAUAUAUUUUGAGAAGUAAAUAGAAAAGCCUAAAGAAAAUAUAUAUGUAUGUAUAUCUAAACAUCCAUAGUUUUACAUAUAAAACUAUACCUUGUUUAUACCUUGAGUAUAACUUUUUAAGGUUUCUUAUAUAGCUGUGUUUAUAACCCCCCCCCCCAAUACCAGAGUAUUUCACACUGUAACUUUCUGAAUUACCAUUUGGUUAAAACUGCUAAUUUAAUUGGUAAAUAAUGUCUAGUAUUGUUGGAAAGUUUCUUCAUGUUAUGUAUUUUUCAUUUCAGUUAAUUGUCUAUUCAUGUCUUUUGCCCAUUAUGUUCCUGGGGUCCUAGUGUUUUUUGUCUUUCAAAUGUAGCUAUUCUUGUAUUCUUCAUUUACCAACUAAAACAGUGAUUUUUUAAAAAUUA